AUGGAUGGCUCUACAACUUAUAGUACGGUUGUCACAACUGCCUUUUUACAAGUGCCACAUUUAUAUACCACAAACAGAUUAUGGAAACCCAUAGAAGCACCAUUUUUGAUCCAGUUUCUCCAGAAAAAUGUAGACUCAGAAGAAAUUAUAAGCAGAAAAGCGAUUUACCAAGUAGAUCCAUCGUGGGUCAAUCUAAAUGCUUCAUUUAUUAGGGAUGAUAUGAUCUCAAUAAGAGCCACUACUAGCAACAUGGAACUUGAUACCAUCAGUCGGAUUACGCUACCCCUUCCCAUGCAUGGAGACGAUGUGACGACUGAAUUGGAAAAAAUGAAGCGUACACUAUCAGAGAUGAGUGACAAAUUCAAUUUGGAACUAAUCAUUACCAAAGAACCAGCUGAUUUCGCAUCAGAAACUAUUAGCGACGACAAUAGCUUGUGUCUUUACUUGCAUGCACUAGGAUUACAAUCCAAUUUAAUGGAAUGUGAACCCCAGCUAUUGGCAUUUGUGGACUUGGUAAAGAAAAAUCGUAUGACUUUACCUCCACAACACUACAUCGUCGAAACAAUGGAACUGAACUCCUAUUCUGUUCUCCCUUUGUACAUGGGAGUAGGUAUGGCAAAUUUUGAAUAUAUAUCCAGAGUUUUUAAAACCAGCAUUUAUGCACCUUCCCUCAUGACACUAUCCAAUAAUUUCAGGGCAAAUCCACAGAUAUUUUUCUCAGGGACAGUCCAUUCACUAACUUUAUUAGCCAAAAAAACCUUACAUGAAUCUAUUGACUUGGAUUCAAAGAGUUUCUUCUAUCGUAGAUUGACCAAUAUUACCCCCGGGAAAUUACUGUUUAUCCAAAAAUAUUAUCAACAAAAGAUAAAUCAAUUAAUUUUGAAAUACCAAUCUCUCAUAAGAGUCACCAAUGAAUAUAUCGAAUUUCAGUCAGUUUCUACGAAUCUAUUAGAGAUGGCCAUUAAGAAUUUUACCAUUCAAGUCCUACAUGAGGUUGUAGAAGUACAGAUUUCACUCAAUGACAAUUGCGAAAUGUCUUCAGAAUUGAUAAUUGAUGACCUUCUGAACAAUGCAGAAAACGAAAUUGUAGUGAUCACUCCGAGAAAAGAUUCAUUUAACCAAUUAAUAGUAGUCGGCAACCAAUCUUCCACUGAUGAAGUAUCUGAUAAUUCCAUACUGUACUAUCUAUCCAAUUUUAUAACUAGUCCAAACCAAAUCAUUAAUCCAAACCUAAGGCAAAUAAAAGCUGUUUUUGAAAUUCAUCCAGAUUUUGAGGACUUCAUAUCAGGCAAAAAAAACGGUAAAUUAACGCGUAUAAUGGAGUUAUCUGCUUGUUUGAUCCAAUUGGAAAUGGAAGAAGAGGAUGAUAAUCUUUAUCUAAAUUUAGUUAGUGAUUCUUUCUCAGAUUUUGAAAAUUCGUUCAAAAAUGUCAUGAACGAAUUUCCUGCCGAAGAAUCAUUCUUUAUCCCAGAGGUUUGUCAUAGACCUAUUAUAGGUACUGGUGGUUCCUUAAUCCAAGCUACAAUGAGGAAACACAAUGUCUUCAUUCAGUUUUCCAAUAGUUUCAAUCUUCCACAAAAUAAAAUCUCAAUAAUCAGGUAUGACAAUGUAAUAGUCAGAUGCCCCAGGAAAAACAAAGCUAAUAUAUGCCUAGCGAAGAGAGACUUAGAAAAAAUCGUUCAAGAGUACGAUAAUUUGCAAUCGAAGAUUCUCAUUAAAUUCUCUAAUGGACAGUACAGACAUAUCUUAAAUGUUAACGGGGAGAAAAAUGUUAUAGGGCAAAUUGAAAAAAACGAGAAUGUUUAUAUAAUGAUGCCGUUAAAGGAGCCUUUAGAUGGGAUUUCUCAAUUAAUCGUUAAAGGCAACGAUGAAAAUACAUCAAGGGCCGCUAACGAAUUGGUCAAUAGCGCAUUUGGUUACGAGUAUGAAAUUAGAAUAGAUAAAGCGAUAGAUCCUCGUAAGGAAUAUGAAUUUUAUAACCUGAUUGUUGUUCCCUUCCUGCAAGUCAUGAAUAUAACUGUAACUUUUGAGAAGGACCUCAUUACCUUUACUUUUGAGAGGGAUACUAACGAAGGUACUCAAGCUAAAGCAAUAGAACUGCUGUCUGAUUAUAUGGGAACACAAAAAAGGAAAAUAAUAUUCAAGAAACUGAUUAAACAGUUUGUUUACCCGCCUACUGCCAACAAGUAUAACAGUAACAACAAUACCACCAAUGGUAAUUUGAAACCAAUGCAUAGUACCAAAACCCGCUUUACCAUCGACAACAGCAACUCUUUGGGAAGUUCACCACAAUGUCAACCAAAACACCUCAACUACAAAAUGCCGGUUGGGGCACCAACCGGAGAAGCUCAAACCAUAAAAGGGUACAUACCCAAUACUUAUUACAACAGCUAUGGAUACGGAUAUAGUUACAGAUAUGAAUACGAUUAUAAUUAUAUCAACUCCAAUCAGCUUCAAACAAACCAUAGGCAUAAAUUUCAAAAUGGUAGGAAAUGA